AUGUCUUCUUUAGGGUCGGGUCCCCAGCAGGAUUUAUGUCUGCGUCAAGGAAGAUUACAGCUAAUAGGAUUUGCUUCUUGGAGGCUGUUGGCAUGUUUGGUGCAAACCCUGCACAGUGCUUUCUUAAAGGAGAAUAUGGACCCAAUGUGUCAUAUUUUUCUUCUUCUUCUGGCCUUCCACAAGAUAAACCCAUCUGUUUCGUCUUGUGUCACAGGAUGCUCUUGUUCUCAAAACAGCUUUGGAAGGAGUUUGCUUUGCAUGUCUGCACUGCUGAGGCAGAUCCCUGCAAACAUCCCUCAAGAUAUCCGGAAAAUUAGAAUAGAAAAUUCUCACUUAACAGAAUUGCCUCGUGGGUCUUUUGAGAACAUUAGUGCCUUGGAGUAUCUCUGGCUCAAUUUUAACAACAUCACAGUGAUGCACAUCAAGAGCCUGGAAUAUCUGCCGGCUCUGAAGGAGCUGCGCUUGCAAGGGAACAAAUUAAGUUCUGUGCCAUGGACAGCGUUUCAAGACACUCCGGUUCUGAAAAUCCUGGAUCUGAAGCACAACCGGCUGGAUGUCCUUCCAGAACAUGCGCUCCGCUAUCUGCCCAACCUGACCUAUUUAGAUCUAUCCUCAAAUCAGCUUACCGUCAUAUCCAGGGAUGUCUUCUACAGCUGGCCCGUCUACCAGAGAAGCCAGAGGGCGGAGGGGCAGAUAGAAGCUAUUUCCAAUGCUGUCCUGGCCCUUCAUGACAACCCCUGGAUUUGCGACUGUCGCCUGCGGGGAUUUGUCCAGUUUAUCAAGUCAGUCAGCCCACCUAUUAUUCUGAUGAAUUCCUAUUUAACUUGCUCAAGCCCAAAAUUCAGGGCAGGGAAGUUUUUUCAUGAAGUGGAGCUCAAAAGCUGCAUGAAGCCCCUGACCUCAGCCCUUGACACCAACCUGACAGUCCCAGUGGGGCUGAACGUCACCCUGACCUGCUUUGUGCAAGCCAGCCCUUCCCCAGCUGUCUGGUGGACCUAUGCACUCAAAUUUUUAAGGGCAUUUAAUG